UUGCCCGCAUGGUGCCCAAGUUGGCCUCCUGUCCUGUAUUGUCCUGAUCUGAUCGUGUUUGGCCUGCGGGGAAGAUGGAGGGGCCCCUGUCCGUUUUCGGGGACCGGAGCACCGGGGAGGCCAUCCGCUCCCAGAAUGUCAUGGCAGCGGCUUCCAUUGCCAACAUUGUCAAAAGCUCCCUAGGACCGGUUGGCCUGGAUAAGAUGCUGGUGGACGAUAUUGGUGAUGUCACCAUCACCAACGAUGGGGCCACAAUCCUGAAGUUACUGGAAGUGGAGCAUCCCGCAGCCAAAGUUCUCUGCGAGCUGGCCGAUCUGCAGGACAAAGAAGUUGGGGACGGAACCACCUCAGUGGUUAUUAUUGCGGCAGAACUCUUAAAAAAUGCAGAUGAACUAGUCAAGCAGAAAAUUCACCCCACAUCCAUCAUCGGGGGCUAUCGCCUGGCUUGCAAGGAGGCCGUCCGGUACAUCAAUGAAAAUCUCAUCAUCAACACAGAUGAGCUUGGUAGAGAUUGUCUGACUAGUGCUGCUAAAACAUCCAUGUCUUCCAAAAUCAUCGGAAUCGAUGGCGACUUCUUUGCCAACAUGGUCGUGGACGCGGUGCUUGCAGUCAAAUACACGGACGCGAGAGGCCAGGCUCGGUACCCCAUCAACUCCGUCAACGUGCUCAAGGCACACGGACGAAGUCAGAAGGAGAGCAUGCUUAUCAAUGGUUACGCACUGAAUUGUGUGGUGGGUUCACAAGGCAUGCCCAAGAGAAUAGUGAAUGCAAAGAUUGCCUGCCUUGACUUCAGUCUGCAGAAAACCAAAAUGAAGCUCGGGGUGCAGGUGGUCAUUACAGACCCUGAAAAACUGGAUCAAAUUAGACAGAGGGAAUCCGACAUCACCAAGGAGAGGAUUCAAAAGAUUCUGGUCACCGGGGCCAACGUGAUUCUAACCACCGGCGGCAUUGACGACAUGUGUCUGAAAUAUUUUGUGGAAGCCGGGGCCAUGGCGGUGCGAAGGGUUUUAAAGAGAGAUCUUAAGCGCAUCGCCAAAGCAUCUGGAGCGACCAUUCUGUCGACCCUGGCUAAUCUGGAAGGAGAAGAAAGUUUUGAAUCGGCGAUGCUGGGACAAGCGGAAGAGGUGGUUCAGGAGAGAAUCUGUGACGACGAGCUGAUUCUAGUCAAAAAUACGAAGGCCCGGACGUCUGCGUCCAUCAUCCUGCGCGGGGCGAACGACUUCAUGUGCGACGAGAUGGAGCGCUCCCUUCACGACGCGCUCUGCGUGGUGAAGAGAGUCCUGGAGUCCAAGUCCGUGGUGCCGGGGGGCGGGGCGGUGGAAGCGGCCCUCUCCAUCUACCUCGAAAACUAUGCCACGAGCAUGGGAUCGCGGGAGCAGCUAGCCAUCGCGGAGUUCGCCAGAUCUCUCCUGGUCAUCCCCAACACCCUGGCCGUCAACGCCGCCCAGGACUCCACCGACCUGGUUGCCAAGCUGAGGGCCUUCCACAACGAGGCGCAGGUCAACCCGGAACGGAAGAACCUGAAGUGGAUCGGGCUUGAUUUAGUCAACGGGAAACCGCGUGACAACAAGCAAGCCGGGGUGUUCGAGCCGACCCUGGUCAAAGUCAAGAGCCUGAAGUUCGCCACCGAGGCGGCCAUUACUAUCCUGCGGAUCGACGACCUCAUCAAACUGCACCCGGAAAGCAAAGACGAGAAGCGAGGGGGCUACGAAGACGCCGUUCACUCCGGAGCCAUCGAAGACUGACGCGGUGCCUUUUUUAUUUAUGACAGGGUCACGGCCCGCGCGGGCUUGAUCCGGCACUUCUGUCUGACAAUAAAACAAGCCGGUAAAAAAUC